UUGAGGAAACCACCAUCCAUCGCCACCUCCCCCAACGCUGGGCCCCUCUGCAACUAGGCGUUUUGGGGGAAUAAAUUGCCCCUUCCAGCCAAUCGAGCUCCACCACCAUCACGACUACUGAAGCACAAGAAAAUCGAAGGCAGAUCAUCGACAGCGGCGAAGAGAAAUGGAGGCGGAGGACGCGAUCCAAGCGGCGAUUCCCAACGGCACGCAGCAGGCCGCCCCUGAAACCCCCUGCCACAACGGCUUCCAGCUGCCGCUGGGGCCGAAAACUUCGGGGACGCUGGGGCGGCACUUGGCUCGGCGGCUGGUGCAGGUGGGCGUGAGGGACGUCUUCUCGGUGCCCGGCGACUUCAACCUCACGCUGCUGGACCACCUGAUCGCGGAGCCGGAGCUUAACCUCGUCGGCUGCUGCAACGAGCUCAACGCAGGGUACGCUGCCGACGGCUAUGCUCGGGCCAAGGGCGUCGGAGCCUGCGUCGUCACCUUCACCGUCGGCGGGCUCAGCGUGAUCAACGCCAUCGCCGGCGCCUACAGCGAGAACCUACCCGUCAUCUGCAUCGCGGGCGGCCCCAACUCCAAUGAUUACGGCACCAACCGCAUCCUUCACCACACCAUCGGGCUGCCCGACUUCAGCCAGGAGCUCCGCUGCUUCCAGACCGUCACUUGCUUGCAGACGGUGGUGAACAAUCUGGACGACGCGCACGAGCAGAUCGACACAGCGAUAUCGACGGCGCUGAAGGAGAGCAAGCCUGUCUACAUUAGCAUCAGCUGCAACCUCCCCGGCAUCCCGCACCCCAACUUCCGCAGAGAGCCUGUUCCCUUCUUCCUCGCUCCCAAGCAGAGCAACCCGGAGGGGCUGCAGGCGGCGGUGGAUGCGGCGGCCGAGUUCCUGAACAAGGCGGUGAAGCCGGUGAUGGUGGGUGGCCCGAAGCUGAGGGUGGCCAAGGCCCAGGAUGCCUUCGUCGAGCUCGCCGACGCCAGCGGCUACGCCGUCGCAGUGAUGCCGUCCAGCAAGGGCUUGGUGCCGGAGAACCACCCACACUUCAUCGGUACCUUCUGGGGAGCUGUCAGCACCAACUUCUGCAGCGAGAUAGUCGAGUCGGCUGACGCCUACAUCUUCGCUGGCCCCAUCUUCAACGACUACAGCUCCGUUGGCUACUCCCUUCUCCUCAAGAAGGAGAAGGCCCUCAUCGUUCAGCCCAAUAGGGUGACCAUUGGGAACGGCCCCUCGUACGGUUGGGUUUUCAUGGCCGACUUCUUGUCUGAACUGGCCAAACGUGUGAACAAGAACACGACCGCCAUCGAAAAUCACCGCCGGAUUUAUGUCCCCGCCGGCAUCCCUCUGAAACGGGCCGAGAAAGAACCUCUCCGAGUCAACAUUCUCUUCAAGCACAUACAGCAAAUAUUGUCGGGAGACACAGCUGUCAUAGCUGAGACAGGAGAUUCGUGGUUCAAUUGUCAGAAGCUAAAGCUCCCAGAAGGCUGUGGAUAUGAAUUCCAGAUGCAGUAUGGUUCAAUUGGGUGGUCAGUUGGUGCUACUCUUGGUUAUGCACAGGCUGCUAAGGAUAAACGUGUUAUUGCUUGCAUUGGUGAUGGAAGCUUCCAGGUUACAGCUCAGGAUAUUUCAACCAUGAUAAGAUGCGGGCAAAGGAGCAUAAUCUUCCUCAUUAACAAUGGAGGAUACACGAUUGAAGUGGAAAUUCAUGAUGGACCAUACAACGUUAUAAAAAACUGGAAUUAUAGUGGACUAGUUGAUGCCAUCCACAAUGGUGAAGGCAAAUGCUGGACGACCAAGGUCCGCACAGAGGAUGAACUAACUGAUGCAAUUGCGACAGCAUUACAGAAAAAUGACAGUUUAUGCUUUAUUGAAGUGAUUGUUCAUAGAGAUGAUACUAGCAAAGAAUUGUUAGAAUGGGGAUCUCGUGUUGCAGCUGCUAACAGUCGACCCCCCAAUCCUCAGUAGGCAUGCACCAGAGAGUAUUUCGCAGACUGUGUUUAUCCGUUGCUGUAUGGCGGUUAAGUUGCCAGUGAAAUGUAACCUGUGGUUGUCUUUGAUUAUUCACUAGAAUAAUGGGAACUUGAUCAAAUAACCCGAUUGCAAUUUGUUCCCAAAUGCAGUCUGCCAUUUUGGUUGAAUGGAAAUGUACUUUGGCUUCUUCUGUUCUAAGCACCAUGCAGUUGCUCUUGUUUGUCUCAAGUUUUCUGCAUCAGGAACCAAUCGAUGUGAACAUGUGAACAUUGUGUAUGUGAAGAUUCAUUAAAUAGCCCAACUUUUGUUUGAUGGUGUC